AUGGCCAGCACCAACCCCAACCAUUACGAGGAUACCGAGAAAAACGUUCCACUGCAAAUCGACGAUGUCGCAACAUCGGAGAAGGAUCUCAAAGCCCAAUCUGCGCUCGAUGGCGCAGAUUAUAGUGGCGCGAUCGCGAAAACGGACCCAGCGGAGAUCGCACUGGUACGCAAGCUUGACAUGCGAGUAAUGCCAGCACUCUUUUGCAUGUAUUUUCUCAACAAGCUCGACCAGAAUGCGAUAGCGAAUGCACGACUGAACGGCCUCGAAGACGACCUUGGCCUAGUCGGAAGCCAAUACAACACCUGUAUAUCCAUUCUUUACGUCGGAUACCUAUUCGCUCAGAUCCCCAGCAACAUGCUCAUGUCAUCUAAGAAAGUGCGACCUUCUCUGUACAUGGCCGUGUGUUGUUCAGUCUGGGGCUGUGUAGCAGCUCUGACAGCUCUUGUCAAGAACUACACUGGGUUGGUUCUGGUACGAUUCUUCCUCGGUUUCGUAGAAGCGCCAUUCUACCCUGGUGCUCUAUACAUUCUGAGCAUGUUUUAUACCCGCAAAGAGAUAGCUACAAGAGUUUCUAUCUUGUAUGCCGGGAACAUCUUUGCUGUGUCUUUUGCUGGGCUCAUCGCUGCUGCUACGUUUGCGACGCUGGACGACAAGCACGGAAUGCAUGGAUGGCAAUGGCUGUUCAUUAUCGAGGGCAUCGUCACAGUGGGCGUGUCUAUCGUCUGUGCUUUCUUGCUGCCGGAUGAGCCGCUGACCACGAGGUGGCUGACUCCCGAGCAACGACAACUGGCGCACGACCGCAUACAAAGGGAUACUGUUGGUCUGGAACAAAGCAGAGGUGUCAAAGCUGGUUUUAUGCAAGCUCUGCGAGAUCCAAGACUUUAUCUACUGGUCUUCAUGCAGAAUAUGCAUUUGAGCGCCACAUCCUUCAACCAAUUUUUCCCUACCGUAGUCAAAUCUUUGGGCUUCAGUACCACUAUCACUUUGGUCUUGACUGCUCCACCAUCGCUAGUCGCUGGUGCAGUAGGUAUCGGCAUCGGAAUCUCAUCCGGCAAAUUCAAUGAUAGAACAUGGCACAUCACAGCCAUGAUGGGACUGGCAGUCGUCGGGUUUGCUAUUAGUGCUGCCACGCUCAACACCGCCGCACGCUACAUCUCCUGCUUCCUUUUUGCUUCUGGUGUUUACUCUGUCAACUCCGUCAUCCUCGGAUGGGUAUCAGGCACACUUGGCCAGACAACGGAGAAAAAGGCAGUGUCACUAUCCAUUGUGAACGUGGUCUCUAUGGCUAGCUUUAUCUACACGCCUUAUCUGUAUCCUGCGAGCGAUGGGCCCAAGUAUGUGAUUGCUAUGAGUAGCAACGCCGCAUUUGCAGGAGCGUGUAUUGCAUCCGCCUGGGCGCUUAGAGCGUGGCUUCAGGUGACGAAUCGGAGGUUGAAAAGGGAUGGCGUUAAUGUUUUCUAUGCAUAUUAG